GAACCAUCAUCAAAUCUUUCUGCUGGAGGUCUCCCAUUAAAAACUUAGCCAGGCAUGGCGCUGUGGAUUCAGGCACAGCAGCUUCAGGGGGACGCCCUUCAUCAGAUGCAAUCCCUCUAUGGCCAGCACUUCCCCAUUGAGGUGCGCCACUACUUGGCACAAUGGCUGGAGGCUCAACCAUGGGAUGCCAUAGAUCUGGAGAACCAGCAGGAUGAGUUUAAAGCCAAGCGUCUGCUGGAUGGUCUGAUCCAGGAGCUGCAAAAGAAAGCAGAGCAUCAGAUGGGUGAAGAUGGCUUUCUGCUUAAAAUCAAACUUGGCCAUUAUGCCACACAGCUGAAGAACUCAUAUGAUGCUUGCCCCCUGGAGCUGGUGCGGUGUGUCAAACACAUUUUGUACACCGAACAAAGACUUGUACAGGAAGCAUCUAAUACCAGCAGUCCAGGUUCAGGUCCGGUUGAUGGGACCCCACAGAGAUAUCAGCAAAUCAACCAGACGUUUGAGGAGCUGCGCGUUAUGACUCAGGACACAGAGAAUGACCUCCGCAAGCUCCAGCACAGUCAAGAAUACUUCAUCAUUCAGUACCAGGAGAGUUUGAGGAUACAGGCUCAGAUAGUUAGUCUGGCCAGCCUUCCUCCUACUGAGCGUGCUCAGAGAGAAGCGAGUCUGCAGAGCAGGAAGUCCACGCUAGAGACCUGGCUGACACGAGAAGCCAACACUUUACAGAAAUACAGACAGGAGCUGGCGGAGAAGCAUCAGAGGACCCUCGCUCUGCUGAGGAAACAGCAAACCGUGAUUGUUGACGAUGAACUGAUCCAGUGGAAGAGACGACAGCAGCUUGCAGGAAAUGGAGGACCAUCAGAAGGAGGAUUGGACAUACUGCAAGCCUGGUGUGAGAAGUUGGCCGACAUGAUCUGGCAAAACAGACAGCAGAUUCGUAGAGUUGAACACUUGACUCAGCAGCUGCCCAUACCGGGACCCACAGAAGAACUGCUUACUGAACUCAACGCUAUUGUCACAGACAUCAUAUCAACACUCGUCACCAGCACAUUUAUUAUUGAGAAGCAGCCUCCUCAAGUGCUGAAGACCCAAACCAAAUUUUCAGCAACAGUUCGGUUGCUGGUUGGAGGGAAGCUCAAUGUCCAUAUGAAUCCUCCACAGGUUAAAGCCACCAUCAUAAGUGAACAGCAGGCCAAGGCGAUACUCAAGAAUGAAAACACCCGCAAGAGUGAAAGCAGCGGAGAUAUUCUAAACAACAAUUGUGUGAUGGAGUAUCAUCAAACCACUGGUAACCUGAGUGCACACUUCAGAACCAUGUCUCUGAAACGUAUUAAGCGGUCAGACCGUCGUGGUGCAGAGUCAGUAACUGAAGAGAAGUUUACGAUUCUUUUUGAGUCUCAAUUCAGUGUGGGAGUAAAUGAACUUGUGUUUCAUGUGAAGACAUUAUCCCUGCCUGUUGUGGUCAUCGUUCAUGGGAGUCAAGACAAUAAUGCAACAGCGACAGUAUUGUGGGAUAAUGCUUUCUCUGAGCCGGGUCGAGUGCCAUUUGUGGUGCCUGAUAAAGUGGUGUGGCCACAGCUGUGUGAGGCUCUUAAUAUGAAAUAUAAAUCAGAGGUUCAGAGCGACAGAGGCCUUUCAGAAGAUAAUCUGGUGUUCCUCGCUCAGAAAGCCUUCAGCAGCUCCAGCAACAAUCCUGAGGACUACAGCAGCAUGACCAUCACCUGGUCUCAGUUUAAUAGGGAGAGUUUACCAGGCAGGAACUUUACAUUUUGGCAGUGGUUUGAUGGAGUCAUUGAAUUAAUGAAAAAACAUCUAAAGUCUCACUGGAAUGAUGGAGCGAUUUUGGGUUUUCUGAACAAGCAGCAGGCUCAAGACAUGUUGAUGUCCAAACCAAAUGGCACGUUCCUCCUGCGCUUCAGUGACUCUGAAAUUGGAGGAAUCACUAUUGCAUGGGUCGCAGAAAACCCGAACAAAGCAGGGGAACGGAUGGUUUGGAACUUGAUGCCCUUCACUACCAAAGAUUUCUCCAUCCGCUCUCUGGCCGAUCGAAUCAGUGAUCUGAACCAUUUGCUCUUCCUCUAUCCCAGUCAGCCCAAAGAGGAAGUCUUCUCCCGUUACUGCACACCUCCAAACUCUAAAGCAGUGGGGGAUGGAUAUGUCAAACCAGAGAUCAAGCAGGUGGUAAAGGUUGAGUUUUCCUCACCCAAUCCUGAACCAUCUCCUGGGAAUUCUUUUAUGGAUCAUGCAGCAUCUCCCACCGUGAAUCAACACCAUAACUUCACUAUCUAUCCAGCAAUGAAUGACACCAUGAUAGACGCAGAGGGAGAAUUUGACCUGGACGAGACCAUGGACAUGGCCCGACAGGUGGAGGAGUUUCUCAGGCAACCCAUGGAAACCACGUGGAGUGGACAACAGUCGUGACCUUUAACCUUGUGAUCUCUCAUCCCAACUACACAAACUCAAUGGUUCUAUUCCAUAAUUUCAUCUUAAGAAAUGUGAAAUGUUUGUCUUAGCUGAUCAGUGGAUGUUUAUCUGCCUUUGCUUUUCAUAAUAGUUUGAUGUGUAAUUUCCUAUUAACCAGCAAAACAUAGUAGAGUGUCAUGUACACUGAUGAUGUGGACUUCUAUUUAGCUGGAUAUGAAUGGCUGCUUUUCUAGUCUAAUGUUGGUUUGCUACUAUUAUUAACUUUUACUGCUUUUGUUAUAGGCAUCUUAUAACUAUUUUAUGAUGAUCAAAUCUUUAAAUCAAUUCAGACGGUUAGCUCUUUAAAGACAUUUGAGCUCUCUGUGUAAUUUGUCCACCUUUAGUUCAAUUUCUUUAUACCUGCAGUGUGGCAUUUUUAUGGUGACCCAGUGGUUCAGAAAAUAAAAACAAGCAAACAUAACAGAAUCAAGCCACAACACAAAAAUGCUCCAGUGCACCGGAUUUAUUAAUUAACUACUAACUGGCUAAGGCUAAUUAUAUCCACAUUUUUGUUAGUAACCUGUUGAUUUUCAAACCUUAAAUAAUGUAGCAUUUUCUUAAAAUAUCCACAUAUGUGAAUUCUGUAUUGUUAAAAUUGUAUGUAUUCCCUUUCUAUUAUUGGAAUCUGAUUUAAGCUGUGUUUGUAGGAGUGUGUAAACAAUUGUCAUUAUCGAUAGCGCAUCCUGAGUUCAAGUCCCAGCUUAUAGACCUUCCCACCCUCCACUAGAACUUUGUUUUCUUUUUUCUAUCACAUAAAAAAACAUUGGCUAAAAGAAAUGUUUAAAAAAUCUUAAGGUGCUUCUCCACAGCAUGGCAGUUUGGUUUGUUAUGGCUCAUUUUGGGGGCCACUAUGUUCCAUACCUAGUACCAAGUACUUUAUAACUACAACCUUAGGUGACGUUUUAAGUGAGCUGUAUCAUUCAUCACCACACUUCCAGACUCAUUGGAAUUGUGACACGAGACACAAAACCUGCUAUAUAAAUUUGCAGAUGCAGCAAAA